AUGGAAACACCAGAACCGCCUCUUGGCCUGCUCGGAACAACCGCCACAACAGGGCCCACGGGCUUGCCCGAGGGUCUAGCAACACCCGUCCAAGGUGGCUCACUCGCUCGCAGGACAUCCCAGAAGCGCCAGUCACUCACGGGACUCAAGUUCCUCAACGAGCUCCUCGAUGACCACGACCACUACCACGACAGCGACCCCACAAACGUCACAAGCCCACUGUCACCAAAAGCUGAACAAGAAGCAGUACCGCUAUCAUUCCAAGAUGAUCUCGCCUUUGAGCAGGUCGGAGAUCGCAUUUCAGAGUUCCAGGAAGACGAGUUUGUGAAGCAAGCGCUGGCCAAAGGAAUGGAUCUUCGGGAGUAUGCACACCACAUCGAAAGCGAGCUGGAUAUCGUUGGACAGGAUCAUGAGGACGACUACGUUCAUCAGAGCCAAGCGUUCGUGGAUCUUCAUGGCCAGAUCAAGUCGUGCGAUGAAAUCCUGGAAACCAUGGAGAACCUUCUCAGCAUCUUUCAGACAGACCUGGGCAACAUCUCGACCGAAAUUCAGACCCUUCAGACAAAGUCGGUCAAGAUGAGCGUUCAGCUCAAGAACAGGAUGGCGGUUGAAAGCCAGUUGAACGAGUUACUGGAGGGCAUUUUGGUCACCCCACAAUUGAUCCGCAAGAUCUACGACGGCGAGGUCGACGACACUUGGCUGGCGGCACUUGGAGACCUGAACAGCAAGAUGUAUCACGCCAAGGCACGGCAGGGCAGGCACAUUCGCGCUUUGAAGGAGGUUGGACCUGAACUGGAGAGGCUACGUAUCAAGACCGUGGAAAAGAUUCGGGAGUUCCUGCUCGCAAAAAUUAAGUCGUUCAGGAUACCCAACACCAAUGUCCAAAUCAUGCAGCACUCUGUCCUUUUAAAGUAUAAGGAGCUCAAUCAGUUUGUGAUGGAGAGGCACAGUGAGGUUGCCGCAGAGAUCCGACAGACCUACGCCAACACCUUGCGGUGGUACUUUUCCAACCAAUUUGAAAACUAUGCUACCGGACUGGAGAAGCUGCAGAGUGUGGUUGGAGACAAGCAUGAGAUGCUUUGCACAGAUGAGAAUGCCCGGAAAGGACUGUUCGGGACAACAAAGGCAUUGCAUCAAAAGACAAACGUUUUUGCUGUUGGAUCGCGCUUGGAUACGCUCAAGAACCAAGAUGCUGGUUUGAUUUUGAUCCACGUCGCCAAUGAGAAGAACUCGAAAUACCCAUAUGAGGCUCUGUUCAGGAGUUUCAACCUGGCGCUGAUCGACAAUGCCAGUUCAGAGUACCUCUUCUUGGUGGAAUACUUUUCAAAGCGGUCGCAACCGGACAUCAACGGGAUUCAGGCAGUGUUCUCUCAGAUCUUUGAACCCACACUAAAGCUUGGGUUGGCCAACGUCAAGGAGUAUGCUGAUGCAAGUUUUGACGCAAUCGGAAUCUUACUGUGUCUGAGGAUCAACCACCAGCUGGCCAAGGAACUGGAGCGGAGGAGGAUCCCGAUGCUUGACAAGUACGGAGAUGCGAUCCAUAUGGCACUAUGGCCGCGGUUCCAGAUUGUUGUGGAUAUGCAUAUUGAGAGCGUACGCAAGGCAAAGACCAAGAUCAAGCCCAAGAAUGUCCAUCCUCACUGGAUUGCAAGGCGAUAUGGAGAAUUUGCGAGCUCACUGCUAAUGCUGAACGACGAACAAACGGAUGUUAUGCCAAGGUUGGCGUUGUUGAGGCUUGAGACAAGUUCGUUGUUUGAGAUCAUGUCCAAGACAUUCCCAGAUACCAAGAGCCGGCUCAUUUUCUUGAUCAACACCUUCGACCUCGUCCUCACACUCCUGGCUGAUGUUCGGACAAGUGGCGCGGAAGUAGAGACCGAUCACUGGAAGCAGGCUCUUCACCAGUCAAUUGCCCUGUUUGUUGAAGAGGAGCUCAAGCCUUACUUUGGCGAACUCAUUUCUUUCAUCCGCAUGGUCGAAAUCGCAGGUGGCGUAUCAAAAGUCCAGCUCGACCACUUUGAGAGGGCGUCGUAUGGAUUCAGCAACACUUGGCGUCAAUCUCUGCUAUCGAUCAACACCAGUGUGAUCCAACACUUUUCGAGUUUCAAAAACGGCACGUUGGUCCUCCACCAGGUCCUGGGCCAAUUGAUCGUCUACUAUACCCGAUUCCACAGUCUGUUGGACGAAAAGCUACAGGAACUUGGAGGGGCAAGUGCAGGGCAAGCUGGAGGUGGUGGGAAUGGACAGAAUACGGCCAUGGCAACAAGUACGAGGGGGUGGUCGCAUCAGCCUGUGGGGAUCCAGACUGUUAUGGUCGAAGUGAAAAAGUUCCGCUCCAACUUUUUGCCUUAG